CAAAUAAAUUAUUGGGUGCUCAUUUUACAUUGAAAAGCACUGUAAAAAAGGCUGUCGAAUUUGUAAUUUGUAGUUAUACAAAUAUAUACUGGUGAAAAAAUGAAGAAAAUAAGCCACAAGAAAGCUUAAAAUAAUAUAUUAAGUGUGAAAGAUUACGGAACAGAUAGAAAAUCUCGUCUACUGCAAACACUUUCCCCAGCAAUAGGAACAGUAGAAACCAGUUGGGAAUAGUUUGCAUUUUGUUGCGGCCAUAUUUGUGAGGCCCGAAUUCAGUUUGAUAUUCGCCAGCAGGGGAGUGGAUCUAAAAGAAUCCUUCGCCGUUCAAACUGCGCAUGCCAAACGGGCUCAAAUUGUCAGAGGGAAGGAUAUUACUGAAAUUAAGAUCUAAGUACCAGAAAAGUGGAAGUGGCGUUUCUUAAAAUAAGGCAGCCUGGGAGCACACAAGCGUGUACAAUUAAUUAAUUGGAAAUACACAAAAUCCUGCACCCCUAAUGGUGUUUUAACUUUUUGUUUUUAGGAAGACAUGGACGAACAAGAGGAAGUUCAACAAAAUAUGAUUUCCAAUUUGCCGUUAUUAUUUGCUAAUGGCUAUCCAACAUCAUUGGAUAAGAUAACAGAAUCACAACUGGAAAAAUUCAUACCAUUUAUGGUGCGUUGCUCUCUUGGUCACAUAAAUUUUCAGGAGAAAACAGACUGCAGUGAACCAGAAUGGUGGCCUGAAGAUUUUCCAUUCACCAUACCUUUUACAAAGCCGAAAAAGUUUAAUGGGAAUUGGGCGCAAAAAAUGAAGGAAAUUAUUAUAAUAUGUUACCAGUUUCAUAGAAGCGUUUUUCUUCUCCGUUUCUGCAAUGAUUUGGCUGCAUAUGAGCACGCGAGUCUUCGCUUUAUAAACAAUUACAAUUCGACAACCUCACUUUUUGAACGACGAAGUAAUAAGUUGCUGGUGACUUUUAGGAAUGAAAACAUGUCGUACGAUCAACCUCAGCGUAGCCGGAAAUGUUUGAUGCGCCAAAAAUCAAAGAGUGGCAAUCAAGGCAGAGCGGAUGUCGAACAAAUUAUGGUAGAACCGGCACCAUUCGAUAUCUACCUAUGUGACAAUUGCGAUGCUGAACUGUAUUCGAAAGAAGCUAUUUUGGAACAUGAAAAGACUUGCAAUGUGGAGGACGAUGAUGACGAUGUCAUUUUAUGUGAUACACCUGAACCAGGUGAAAACAGCGUUCAGCCGACCGAUUCAAAACGAAAUACAGAGGAUAAUGAGCUACGCAAUGGAUUCCUACUUAAUUUUAACCUGCAAUGUCGCGAAGAUAGCAAAAAUGGUAAAGUUCCAGGCAAGAACGAACCGACAAGUGCGUCCAAAGACUCGAAAGAUGAGAAAAAUGGAUUCAUGAUCAUUGAUAGAAAUAAGCGUAUGCCAAGAAGAAAUCGUGCAGUACAUUCUUUGACACGUUGCCCCACAAUACCCUUGUCAUCGCCGGCAGGCCAACUUCUGCUGCGUACAACCAAAACUGCCAUGACCCCAGAAUAUUUAACAGAGCGUUUGGAACGUUUAGAACGUUUUUGCUUUGCACCAUUGCUCUCAAAAUCGCACACGAAACCAAAGUGUUUUGAGAAGAAACAUACCUUUAAUAAUACGCAUUGUACGUUUAAAAAGCCACAAGACUACAGUUCGCACGUAUACGUUUUUCCAAGACGGCAGUUUUCACAACGUAGACGUACAGAAAACUUUCUUUUCUUAAAUUCAUCAUUAAUAAGACGCUGCCGUCCAAUUUCAGUGCGGCUAAAGAAAAUCACUGAUAACGAAGUUAAAAGUCGACGCUCAUUACCAAAUACAAAAUUAAAUAUAAAACUAACACGAGAUGCUACACGGCGAUCGAAUUGGAAAAUAUCAUCACCGUCUACAGAAAUAAUUGUCGAUACAAUUGAUUUGUGUUCAUCGGAUGAGGAAGAAUGUCAUAUUAGUAGUGAUAGUAGGAAAACACAUCUUGUUGUACAAAGAGGAACUGAACCAGGAAUGGGCAUUGAAAUAAUGCGUAAGACGAUAUCUACAUUUAACAGCAAUAGUAGUAGCACCACUGCGACCACCGCUUUGGCGAAAAGUUCGCUUACACUUAGUGCUGGCGGUAGGAAAAUAAGUCUCAAUACAGCUGAGGUUUCUAUAAUUCCUAUACGUAAAUCUACGCGUAACAAUGGGCCGGCUAAAGGACCAGAUAAGCCACAAGUGCGUACUACAUCAUUAGUAAAUCCUUUGCCCUCAUCUACAAGCGUAUCUGUAAAUGUUUCCUCAACAACAACACCGGCUGUUGCUGUAGCCGCAAUUACAGAUGAAAGUAGUAAAUCUUCCGCUUUUGAUAUAAAUGCACUGUUAACACCAUCAGCUGCUACACUAUUCGCUGCCCCCGAACAUGGUAUUUCACUUCCCAAACCUCUUCAACCGUCAGUUUAUAUAUUUUCAAAUUAUACCGCUAACGCAUUGACCUCAGCAGUGCCAACAAAUAAUGAAAUUGCAACAGCGCCUAUAGCUGGUAAUUCCUUCAGAAAUCAGAAUCAAGAGAAUCAUGCACAAAAUGGUACCACAGCGACUUCAGGGCUUGUAGUCAAACACCAAAUAGCAAAUAAUAAUAUAACACCAACUAUAACACCAGACUGGUAUCCUGAAUUAAAUGCGUUGGCCACAAAUGGCAACACCACUUUGAGCAAUACGACGAAACAAGCGCACUUGGUGGAUCGUGAACGGGCACGAAGCCUUUCGUUAGUUUCUCCAAGUCGUGUUAUAUCAAUUGAUCUGACCUCUUAAUUCUAUAUAUGAUGAAAAAAUCUUAUUAUUAUAUUAUUAUUCGUUUAUACAAGACUAGUUUAAAUUUAUACCUUAUUUACACUUAUUGUUUAAGUGUUAAGACCUAAUCACACACUUGCAUAUUGCUUUAUUGCUUAGUUGUAUCUAAUAUAUGUUUAUACAUAUAUAAAACAACAAAAAUGGACUUAGUUUCUAAAAUAACCACUGCUCUUCUUUUAAAAUUCGCAAUAUUUAUUUAAUAUUUAUUAACCAAUAAUGUAUAAAAUAAAAAAACUUUAGGGAUUUCAAAAGACUAGGCAGGUUCGUUAAAAAAGAAGAAUGAUUUUCUGGAUAUUAAAAUGAGAAAAUUUUUUUUUCUAUUUAAAUACGUUGAUGAUGGUCGAUUUUUUGAAUAGUGUUAGUUUUUGUAUUGUUUUCGUACUUUCUGAAUGUUAACAAAUAAGCAUACGAUUUCUAUUAGAACUCAAUUUUAUUUUAAGAUGUUUUCCGGUUUUUUUUGUAUUACUUACUUUCCUCACAACCUGUGACGAAAUGCUUAAUGUGGAAACCAUUUGAGAUUUUUCGAAUUGCCAAAAUAUAUUUUUCAUAUAAACAAUACAUGUAAAUACUAGCUUUGAUCAGCUUAUUUGGGAGAUAUUAAAAAAAUGCCACUUCCAAUACGUGUUUGGGCAUGAUGUGGCGAAAUCACUAGAAAAUUAGUAUAAUUUCUUUUUUUUUCAUAUAACAAUAUAUUCAGUGAUAUGAAAAAGUGUCACUUUCCAAUGCUUUCUGACUCUAGCGAAGGUACUCUAUUGUUAUUGUCGUAAAGGCCUGUAUAACUAUGCAAUCCUUUUAUCUGGAUUGAUAAUUCGUGGGCGUAUAGCCUAAUGGGUUGGUGCGUGACUACCAGUCGGAUGUGCGUAGAUUCGAUUCUCCGUGCAUGAGACACCAAAGAGAAAAAGCUUUUUUUUAAUAGCUGUCGCCCCUCGGCAGGCAAUGGCAAACCUCCCAGUGUAUUUCUGUCAUGAAAAAGCUCCUCAUAAAAAAUAUCUGCCGUUCGUAGUCGGCUGGAAACUGUAAGUCCCUGCAUUUGUGGAACAACAUCAGGACACACACCACAAAAAGGAAGCCGAGCUCGGCUAAACAUAAAAAAUAUGUGUAAGCAGCAGCCUGCCAUUGGGACACUCCGUCAUCUCUUCCUGCUACACGUUUUUCUCUUCUUAAAAAACCAAAUUCUUUCCACAGUAAAUUUUCGUCGAAAUUCCUGUAAAAAUAAAUGCAAAUUGUUUUGUUAAUCAAUCCGGAUAUCUAAAAAAAACAAGAAAUUUCCAAAAACAACAUGGAAGCUUAACGGUGUUUUUCUAUGACACGAUUGCAAUAGCUACACUUUUUUUAAGAAUUUAAAGGUAAAAAUAACUAUUUGAUAAUAAUUAACGCUUUUAGCAUCCAAUGUACAUUUGUUUAUAAAUAAUAACUUUUGUAAAAAAAAAUAAUCACAUUCGUUCGUCUGCAACGCUAAAUAAUGCUUGUCCAUCAAACCCUGUAUUUAGAAGAGUUAAGCGCCAAAUUUCCACAGAUCAUUUACAUUUACGCUUAUAACAAAACUAUUCACUCACACGCACCUGCAAUACGCAUGUACUCGUAUGUAUUUUCAAGCAUCAAAUAAUAUUCGUAUUCAUUUUGUUCGGGAAAAGGUACAACAAAUUAUUGUACUUUCGUUUUCUCAUAUGACAGUAGAGAAACUCAAUACACCAUGCCAUUCAUACAUUACAAAUUAAAAAAUAAAUACAAUUAAGAAAGUAUGAGCAAUUCGGAAGCCCAAAUUUUUUAUAAUGCUUCGCUUAUAACAAUGUACCAGGACAUUGGCUUCCCCAGUAAAAAUUGUGUGGGAAAUAUGUUUUCUAUUGCGUUUAUUAACUCAGGUACAUUGAAGGAUAACAAAGUGCAUUAUUAUGCGCAAAUGUGUGGAUAUUAUAUCAGAUUUAGGCCCCACCCGAACCAAAUACAGAGCAGGCAAUUGACAUGAAGCAAUAGAAAAAAAUAAUAAAUCAAACUAAAAACAUUGAUUGGAGAACGGUAUCUUUUCUGCUAAACUUACAUGUUACUUUUUCUGUUUAAAACUUAGUUCCAACAGUGAAGAAACAGUUUCUCAAAGCAAGUGAUGCAGGGUUAAUUUAGAUUAAAAAUUCACUGCAGUCAAACUAGCACCGAAAACUGAUAGGUAGAGUCCCGCAUUUCAACUAAACUAAGUUUGAAGGGCCAGUUUUUUAGUGCUAGUUUAACUGCGGUGGACGCGUCAAUUAUUGAUUAAAAAAAAAAUUAUUUUACUUAACCGCGGUAAAUUUUUUUGAACUGAGCCUGCAAGCCGUUUAAAAUUAGUUCAACCGGAAAGCAUAUUAAGCUAGCACUGAAAAACUGGUCCUUAGAGUUGUUGAUUUAACAGCAUAAACGUUCCCCAUAAAUGUUUGGGGAAUGAUAGUGGAGUAUUAGUGUUGGGCCAGAUUAGGGGAAAUUGGAAGUAAUUGUUAUUUUGACAGCCUUCCCUAGAAUGACGAAAUGGAUGAUUUAUUGGUCUUUUUUAAGCUCUGUUACGAAUACUGAAGUCCAUAUUUUCAAUAAAAUAUUAUUAUAUUAAAUUAAAAAUGAUUAUUAAAAAAAUUAAUUAAAAAUUAAAACCAAUCGUUUUGAAAUAUAUGUUAGUAAAGAGUGAAAAUUUUGUUUCCUAGAGUAUAACUUAUUUAGAGUAUACAUAUGUUAUGUUCGCACAAAAUUAAGAAAAUAAUUGUAGUAAAUGAGCAAAAAAAAAAAUUUUCCUUGGUGGUGAUGUUAGCAUAGGCAUCUUCGUACGUACUACUGCCCGCUUCUAUCCCGAGACAAUACAUAAAAUUGUUCAUAACAUCGGUACCUUGAUACACAGGCGUGUGUAGUUACAUAGUUAAGUGCUAACUUAGAAAUCUUUAUUAAGUUUAGUGUUCGUUUAAGAUUUAACUAGCAAUAUUCUGCUUCUACCCCUAUUAUUAUUUAUAAAUUACUUUAAUUUGAAUAAAGCGUUAAUUUUAAUAUUCCGCGUUCUAACAUAGUCGCAUUGUUAUUUGUCCAUUAAAGGUGUGUGAAUAGGCCUUUAAGCUUUCCAUAAAUUUUCAAUGCAAGAAUUAGUUUUUUGAAUAAAUAAUUUCAUAAAUUUCAUAUGAAUUAUAAAAUAAUACAUACAUUGAAAUUUUUGGAUUGGAAGUAGUGGGUUGUAGAUGCUCAAACCUAUUUUGAGAAUGUAUGAUACUUUUUACUCUCGUUAAAUAAGUAUUAAACACUUUGAAAUGAUGUUUAUAGAUGAACUAAAAAUAUUAGAAAUUGUUUUUUUUUUUUUUUUUUUUAUGUAAUUCUUAUUUAAUUCUGUGGCAAAUGCUAUGUACCCUCAAUGUGUAUGUAAAAUAUGUAUAAGUAAAAUUUAUGUAACUCACUUCAGCAUAACUCUUAAGGAAUACACUUUAUUUACGAAUUAAUUUAUAGCAAACUAUUUUAGAUUGUGAAAAGGUUAAACACAUUAUUAUCAAGAUUUUCCCAAAUUGAAUAACAAUAAAAUGAAAAAUAAUUCGAGUUUCGGAAUUCAUCUGACACUUCUUCUACAAAUCGUUAAUGCGUGAGCUGUUCUUUAUUGAACUAUACUAAAUAAAUAAGUUUUUUAGCUAUUAUUUAGAGAUAUUUAAUGGUAAACUGCGUGUAUUCAGUGGAAACUAAAUAAAUAAAUAAACUGCGUACUGUUUC